AGCGGCCGUUCCCUUCAUUAGCGAUUCAGCAGCCGGCGGUGCAGGACGGGUCAGAAAUCACUGUGAGUGGAGUCUGUGUGGGCCAAGUCAAUUACUACAUUCCCCAAAAAAACUAACAAAAUGCGUGAAAUUGUACAUCUCCAAGCCGGCCAGUGUGGCAACCAGAUCGGUGCUAAGUUCUGGGAGGUGAUCUCUGACGAGCAUGGCAUCGACCCAACCGGCACAUACCACGGUGACUCCGACUUGCAGUUGGAAAGAAUCAACGUUUACUACAAUGAAGCCACCGGUGGCAAGCAUGUACCCCGAGCCGUACUGGUCGACCUGGAGCCAGGCACCAUGGACUCUGUCCGCUCUGGUCCGUUUGGUCAGAUCUUCAGACCCGACAACUUUGUCUUCGGACAGAGUGGAGCUGGAAACAACUGGGCCAAGGGUCACUACACAGAGGGGGCUGAGCUGGUAGACUCCGUACUGGAUGUUGUGCGCAAAGAGGCUGAAGGCUGUGAUUGUCUGCAGGGUUUCCAAUUGACACAGUCCCUUGGUGGCGGCACUGGCUCAGGCAUGGGAACACUUCUCAUCAGCAAGAUCCGUGAGGAGUACCCAGACCGUAUCAUGAGCACCUUCAGUGUUGUCCCCUCUCCGAAGGUGUCAGAUACCGUGGUGGAGCCUUAUAACGCCACCCUGUCUGUCCACCAGCUCGUAGAAAACACAGAUGAAACCUUCUGCAUUGACAACGAGGCCCUGUACGACAUCUGCUUCCGCACCCUGAAGUUGACCACUCCAACAUACGGUGACCUCAAUCACCUUGUGUCCAUCACCAUGAGUGGCGUUACCACCUGCCUGAGGUUCCCUGGUCAACUCAACGCCGAUCUUCGCAAGCUGGCUGUCAAUAUGGUGCCUUUCCCUCGUCUCCACUUCUUCAUGCCCGGCUUUGCUCCCCUGACCAGCAGAGGCAGCCAGCAGUACCGUGCCUUGAGCGUCCCUGAGCUGACCCAGCAGAUGUUCGAUGCCAAGAACAUGAUGGCUGCUUGUGAUCCUCGUCAUGGUCGUUACCUGACCGUUGCUGCCGUCUUCCGUGGCCGUAUGUCCAUGAAGGAAGUUGAUGAGCAGAUGCUGAACGUGCAGAACAAGAACAGCAGCUACUUCGUAGAAUGGAUCCCCAACAACGUCAAGACCGCUGUCUGCGACAUCCCACCACGAGGCCUCAAGAUGUCCGUUACCUUCAUCGGCAACAGCACAGCCAUCCAGGAGCUGUUCAAGCGCAUCUCUGAGCAAUUCACCGCUAUGUUCAGGCGCAAGGCUUUCCUGCAUUGGUACACCGGCGAGGGUAUGGAUGAGAUGGAGUUCACUGAGGCUGAGAGCAACAUGAACGACUUGGUGUCUGAGUACCAGCAGUACCAGGAUGCAACGGCUGAGGAGGAAGGCGACUUUGAUGAGGAAGAAGAAGGAGACGAGGACGCCGCUUGAAAACAAAUGGACAAACAUUCUGAUCACGAAUAUGAAGAAAUAAUAAAUCAAUUUAAAAUUCUAACCACGGUUAAACUAUUGCAGUUAACCUUGAAACAUUUUGUACAAUCUUUAAUAAUAACUUUCAUUUCUUGGUUUUUCUUCUUUCACGUAAAUUAUGUACCAUGAUUAUUCUAUCUACAGUGUGCUAAUUUGUCUUAGUUAAGCGUCUGCUCUCUCACCAAAAUGUAAAAUUAUCAUCUUAAAAUUAUUAUCAUCUUUAAACUUAUAGAUUUUAGUAAGACAUUAAGAUCUAUAGUUAAUUUGAGGGUUAAUUUGUCAUGGAUUUUUUUUAAUCACAGUUAAACCUACUUUUUAAGAUGCAUAAUGUCUCGUGGUGGUGGUCUAUCAACCUUUUACAACUAAUUUGCCGAAGGCCUAGUGAGCUGCUUGAAAGUAAACUCAACUUUUGAAAUUUAAUCAUUAAUUGACAACUUUGGGGGACUGGGUGUGGACUUAUUUGUAAUUACCGAUUCACAUUUUUUUCUUUAAAGAUAAAACACGUUUUAAUGUUUAGUACUACGGACACCCGAACCCCCGGUUUUGCACAUCUUUUAAGCGUAUAUUUUUCCUGCUUAGUCCAAAACUAACAAGGAUGAUUCAACUUUUUUAUGCGUUGUCACCCAUAUGCCAUGCUUCCUGAUUAAUGCAAGGUAGUACGUAGUUCUCAAUUAACGAUGAGUAUCAUUUUUACCAUCUUGGAACUAUCAUUAUUGAAGGCGUAAAACUAGGAAGAGGAGUCUAGUUUUCAAAUUGAUACAUUCCCAAGGAGUGACUGUUGUGAUCAUUUCUUUAUCACACAUCCACACUAUGGUGUAUGCUCACAAACAUUGUGUAGAAUAAAUAUACUUUUUCUCCGAUGAGGGCGCUGUUUUGAUUGGUACACGUACAACAGAUUUGUAGACAACUGGUCUGCGUCGUUAUGAGAUUAACAGUAACAGUAAAUAUCAAUCAAUCAAUAAACCGAUGAAUACAAAAUUGCA